AUGGAGACUUUCUCCCCUGAUGGCCAGAGCGAGUCUACUCUCGAGACCGGCGGACCCUCUAACGCAGCCGAGGGUUCUCAUACAUUUCCGGUCGCGCCGAUCUUCAAGGACAACAGUCAGCCAACUAUGAACACUAUUUCCUCGUAUGAUCAAAUGAGCAUGUAUUCCCAAUUCGUCCCUCCUCAGUCUCAGCCCACCAUCUACAACGAUCUUCAGUCACCACAGAUGGCAAUGUCGCACCAAACUUAUCAACAGCCUCAAAUGUUUCCGGGGCCGCAGACUCCGUCUAUGGGGUCAUCAGAUCGGAACGUGUAUGUUGAUAACGAUCAGUCAACUGCAGAAAACCUCAGCGAUGUACUUGGGGAGUUGAAGAUUGAUGAGAGCGGGAUUGCUCCAUACAUUAGAAGGCAACGCACCGAUCGAAUUGAACCCGACGCCCCUAUCCAGGACGACGUUGAAGAGCAACUCCCACCUCUCAGAACCGGAUCGGGCGUGACGAUUCGAAUUCCCCCCCCGAGCUCAUGCCUGCCGAAGACGACGUUAUGGCUUAUUUCAAGAUCUACUUUGAUGAGAUACAUCCAUAUGUCCCUGUCGUAUCUCGUGCCCAUCUGUACUAUCAAUGGCAACAUGAUCGCCAUUCCAUCUCUCCCCUUCUUCUCGAGGCCCUUUUUGCCUGUGCGGGCCGUUUAUCUGAUGAGCCCGCAGAAGGCGCUCAGUGGCUUGCCUUGGCUAAUAGUAAGACACGAGACUAGUUUUAUGGAUGUGCCACGUUUGAGUACUAUCCAAGCAUUACUUCUGCUACUAAAAGCAAGGGAAUCUUUGCCAAAGAAAGGGUACUAUUAUCGAUCGUGGCAGACUGUCAAGACUAUUGUCUCAAUGGCGAAAGAUUUGGACAUUCAUGAACAUUACAGUAACCACGCUGAAGGCAAGCCGUGUGGACUGGGUCCAAUUGAAUGCUUGGUGCACACAAGAGUGUGGCAGGCUCUCAUGGUGGUUGAGGUGAUGAUCGGCGGGCCCCAAGGCCGCUCGGAUUACGGGGUCGAUCCUGAGACAGUGGAAAUGCGUCCGACGCUAGAUAUCAGAGGUCUCGAUCAUUACGAAAUCGACCGCUCAAGACAAUACGCCUACUUCGUUCGCAACGCACAUCACAUCCGCAUAAUUACAGAUAUCUAUCACAAAGUUAAGAAGCAAAAGGACUGGGGCGCAGAUGCCCGAUUUGUACAAAACAACCCGCUUUUUGCAGACUGGCUUCGCAACCUUCCUCCAGACCUACAGGUCAACUAUCCUGCCGAUGGCUCUCCACCGUGGCUUCCAUCUCAUUUUGUGGGCAAUAUGCAUUCUCAUUGCCACCUCGCCAUUAUUUUGUUACAUCGCCCUCAGCUUUUCGCUUCUCAAUCUUUUGCAGCCGGUGGUGAAUGGAAGAUCCAUAUGUCAUUGUGCUACUCCUCGGCAAAAAGCCUCUGUCGACUACAAGAAGCCAUCUUGCAGAGGUUCGGGCUAUCUGGCCUACUUUACAUGCAGAGAGGCAUCAAUUUUGCCAUAUAUUGUAUCCUGACUUGUACGAUGCUGCACCUGGUUGCAAUUACCUCCCCCGACCCGGAAUUCAAUUCAGAUGCCCGUGAAUUCUUCACCCGUCAUAUGAGAAUUCUCGAGACGUGCUCCGCCGCCUGGCCCAUGCCGGAGAUUCAGGCUCAGAUCGAUUCAUUAAGACUGGCUUUCUCCGCCGAUAUGCAGCGUCCUUUCGAGUUGAAGCCCAGUUUCCCAUACGGCAGUCCCUCGGAACCCUACCAUCCCAGUCCACCUAUGGAUGCGCACUAUCAUCCGCACUUGAAUCCAAUCCAAUCCAGAGUGCGUUACAACCCGCUCCCGGCAACACCUCCGAUUUCGGCUGGUGCUGAAGAUUCGAAGUCCGACACAUCUUCCCAGAUACAAUCCCUCGGGAUGGUUGCCCAUCAGCCUUCAACAACUCAUCCUCUAGAUGCCCCUUCGGUCGAUGAAAAUCACUGGGACCCGACCCGAAUCAUCACUCAAUGGGACAUGGCCUUCUCCGUGAACCCUUCUACCGUCAGCACAAACUCCCCACCAAUGCCUAUAAACAAUUCAGUACCGAGUGUACAAAACGUUAUGAACCCCCAAUACCCCAUCCAAUACGAGACACCCAACAAAGUGCCCUCUGUCACAUCUACCCACUCUCUCUCGCCUUCCCAGUUCCAGGCACCCCCAGUUGUAUUCUCAGCACGAGACUGGCAGCAAAGUGUUGCUAGUGUGUAUGAUCCACAAGGGCUGAAACGGCGAUGGAAUUAUCCAGUUGAUGCUAGCUCCGACAAUAACAUGUCCAAGCGCCAAAGAGGAUAA